AUGGUGAAGGCCCGGCGGCCGGCCGCCGCGCGCGCCCCGCGCGCCCCGCGUGCCCCAGCGCCUGAGGCCGGGCCCGUCAGGAAGCCGAAGCGGAAGAAAAGAGUCUGGAGGAACAAAGCGCGAGAAGCCGGCGGGACGCCGGGGGACGACCCCGGAGUGGUCGCGGUGCGGCCCCCAAAGGCCCCGGAGGACUUUUCCCCAAACUGGAAGGCGCUGCAGGAGCUGCUGAAACAAAGAUCACAGACCCCACAAGAGCCUCUACUUCACUCUCAAAUGGAUUCCAAAAAACAGCCCCAGCGUGUCCAACAGAAUAGAAACUGGAUUUCAGAUAAAGCAAAGAGAGAUGCGAUGGGGAUGGAAAACACAGACCCCGAGGCCAAAGGGGCCUCUGGGCCCUUGGGGUUGCUGAUGAGCAGGAAGAUACCCGCGCAGCCCAAGGAGAAAGGGGCCAACAAAAGGACCAGUGGUGACGUGUCUCUGCAGCAAGGUGGCAUCAAACAGAAGAAGCGGAAAGCUAGGGAGCCGACUGCCCCCUUGCCUCCAGCCCCGCCCACCGAAGACGACAUCUGGUUUGACGAUGUUGAUCCAGCAGACAUCGAAGCGGCCAUCGGCCCAGAGGCAGCCAGCAUAGCGAGGAAGCAGCUGGGUCAGGGCGAGAGCAGCGUCACGCUGGUGAAGGAGCGGGCCUUCGGCGGGCUGACUAAAGCCUUAGCCAUGGACUGCGAGAUGGUGGGCGUGGGCCCCAAGGGGGAGGAGAGCAUCGUGGCCCGCGUGUCCCUGGUGAACCAGCAUGGGAGGUGCGUGUACGACAAGCACGUGAAGCCAACCCAGCCAGUGACCGACUACAGGACCGCGGUCAGCGGGGUCCGGCCCGCGGACCUGGCGCAGGGAGAAGAGUUUGAAGUUGUUCAGAGGGAAGUCGCGGACCUGCUCAAGGGCCGGAUUCUGGUCGGACACGCGCUGCACAACGACCUCAAGGCACUGUUUCUGGGCCACCCGAAGAGGAAGAUCCGAGACACUCAGAAGUAUAAGCCUUUCAGGACCCAAGUGAAGAGUGGACGGCCAUCUCUGAAGCUGCUUGCAGAGAGAAUCCUGGGGAUUCAGGUGCAGCAGGCGGAGCACUGUUCGGUCCAGGACGCGCAGGCGGCAAUGAGGCUGUACGUCCUGGUGAAGAGGGACUGGGAGAGCCUCUCCGGGGACAGGCGGUCCCCCGCCCCCAAGGCCGGCAGCCAGGACGCCUAGCAGGAUCCCGCCCUGAGCCACCCUCGCGCCUGCAGGAGCUGCGACCAUGCCAGACGACGGGUGGAGCUCCUAGAGCCGCGGGCGGUUUUCAGAAACAGGCGCGUAGCAUGCAUGCCGCUGAGCUGAGCGUCUCGUCUGGCUGUGGCGUCCGAGCCUCUCCUGCACGAGGGGCCGGGCGGCUGUCCCUGGGGCUCCCCGGGCCAGGGCGGGAAGCACCCGGUUGUCUGCCGCGUCUUCGUCACCUGUCUCUGAGGGGGGCCUUUCCCCUCGCUGCCGUGGCAACGGAAAGAAAGGGACUCCGCAGACUUGGGCGUGGACCACGCAGUGGCCCCGGUGCAGCCUCGUUGAGGGGUUUUCUCUGCCACCCGGACACUUGGGGGGAUCUGAGGCUGGGGUUCCACUCACCCCACCUGUGCACGCCCACUAUGUUUAAAUUCCAGGUUAGAGCCCGCAGCAGGCAGGGGGGCUCGGGCUGCCCAGAGCGGUUUUCCGGGAGGUGGGUGCCCCCCGACCCGGACGGACGUGUGAGCGUAGGCGCCUGCAGCGCUCCGCCCGGCUCCGGGCACGGGCUCGCUGAGGGGAGCGUGCGGCGCCCCAGGCUGUGCCGAGCCCCCGCCGGCCGUGGGGAAAGUCCAAAGCCACCACGAAGGUUGUGUGACAUAAACGCAUGUUUUUACUUGA